GGUAGUUCACACCUCACCCUGAGGAGCGUGCUGGAACACAGUUGCAGUGAGAGUUACAGGUUUUGUCCUGCAUGGGAACUCGCUGGACAUUUUCAGGCUGCAGUGCCUGCUAACAUUUCUCUGGAUCCCCAUGACACUGUUUGCCACACAGGGAGGUUUGUUUAAUUGGGCCCAGGUUCACUCACACUGGAUCUGCUAGGUACUAGCAGACUUUAGGGCCCAUCCCUAGCUCAGUGUUUCCACUGCAAGCAGGAAUCUUAAUCCCAUAUAAGGCCAAGAGGCUCACAAUGGUGAUGUAAUAGGGGUGUCUCCUUUCAGAGAGAGAGAGAGAGAGAGAGAGAGAGAGAGAGAGAGUGCAUGCCUGAGAGAGAGGGAGCCGGCAAAUAAAGGCAGGGUGGAGAACUGAGAGCUGCGUGCUGGGUGUGUGUGUGUAUGUGUAUAUAUCUGCCUGCCUACCUGAAGGAGUGUGUGAACGUAAGAGGGCGUCCUGCAGGAGCUGGUCCACGCCGACCUGCGCCCAGGACUCUCAGGACACUGUGGCCGCACUGCCAAGUGAAGAGAGCUUCAUCUCCGGACGAUGGGCAAGUCAGCCUCCAAACAGUUUGCUGAGGACGUUCUCAAGAGCCACAACGAGUACCGGAAGCAGCACCAGGCCCCAGCCCUGAAGCUGAGCAGGAGGCUGCAACAGGAGGCGACGAGGUAUGCUGAGAGUCUGGCCAGCACCAGGAUCCUGAAACACAGUGCCGAGUCCAGCAGGGGGAGCUGUGGGGAAAACCUAGCGUGGGCAUCAUAUGACCAAACCGGGAAGGAUGUUUCUGACCGCUGGUACAGUGAGGUGAAGCAGUACAACUACAACCGUCCAGGCUUCUCCUCAGGCACAGGACACUUCACAGCCAUGGUGUGGAAAAACACCAAGAAGCUCGGCGUGGGGAAGGCCACGGCGACGGACGGCUCCACCUUCGUAGUAGCGCGCUACUUUCCCGCCGGAAACAUCACCAACCAGGGCCACUUCGCGGCCAACGUGCUCCCACCGAGGAAGUGAGCCAGACUCCGCCCACCAGCCCUCCGGCGAUUAUGGCAGGGAGGUGCGUGCGUUGGAGUCAGGCGCGGCGAGGACUGCUCAGGAGUGGGGGAAGUGUUGUGUUUACGCACCAAGGCUGGUGUUUUUCCCUUGACGGUGCCAUUUACGGUUAAUGCGGCUGGGAUGCAGCCAGUGGCCUUGCGCGUUUAAGUUCCAUUAAAUCGACGAGAACACGAUUCAUUCCAGUGUUUACACCAUGCAUGAGCCGCAGGUCCUCACGAAGUAUUCCCAUGUACUUUACAGGCAUAAUAUCCGCCAUUUGGAGGUGACCCACAGGUUGUUAUGCUAUUUAAACUCAUCCUUCAAAAAAUGUAAAACUUUUUUACCUUUGUUGCCUUAACAGGGCCUUCAGGGUUGUGCCUGAAAAUGACACUUUAGACUAACGAGCCGUGGUAAAUAUCUCUGAAUUGCUUCCACCGAGUUUGCCAGUUUCAGGUGUCUCAACUCGUUUGGGAAAUUACACUUAAUGACUUACCGUUCCGGUGCAGUAGCUUCAGAUAUAUGCCUUCACUGCAGAAGAUACUUUGUAUUUCAACAUGAUUUCGUGACUAUAAUAUAUCUUAACACUUUUGUACUGAAAUGUUUUCUUUAAUAAAGUGGAAGAAUGGCGUCUUUCAAUAA